AUGCUGAAGAGGACGAACGUGCGUCUCCUCCGCCGCCUGAGCACUUUCAAAGACCCCCGGACAACGUCAUUGAAAGAGGCCAUCUCCCCGCCAACAGCCAGCCAUUCGAGAGUAUCUACCACUUCAUCAUCUACCGCCGACUACAAGCCGUUCGACACGAAGGUCUCCAGACUCGACAAUGGUCUACGGGUGGCCAGCGAGGAUUAUUUCGGCGAAUACUGCACAUUUGGAGUGGCGAUUGAGAGUGGAUGUCGUCAUGAAGCACUCUAUCCCAAGGGCACAACACAUGUCAUCGAGAAGCUAGCCUUUGCUUCCACGCUCAAGCAUGCCAGGGAAGACAUCCUCUCGGCAAUCGAGAAAAGCGGUGCCCUAAUCGACUGUCAAGCCACCCGCGAUACAAUCAUCUACGCAACCUCUUGCCAUCGUGAGAAACUGCAAGAAAUGAUGGAAAUCAUCUCGAGCACAAUCCUCCGGCCCCGUUUCGAUGAGGACGAGAUCGCGGAAGCCAUUGCAAACUGCAACUUCGAGAGCAGCGAGCUGGGCAAGCAGAUCGAGAUCGAGCCCUUUUUGACGGAUCGUGUCCACCAAGCGGCUUUUCGAUCGAAUACUCUUGGCUUCCGGCGUCACGUCGACCCGUCAGAAAUCGAGAAUGUCGAAGAUUUCUCGCGGGAUAAACUCUACGAAUACAUGUGUCGAUAUUAUACGCCAAAACGGAUGGUAUUGGCUGGAGUUGGAAUGGCACACGAUGAAUUGAAUGCUCUGGCACUUCGACAUUUGGAUGAGAGAUCGGCCAUCUGGAAUAUCGAUCGAAGUGUGGAUGUGAGCAAGAGUCCGAAGAUGGAAUUGAGUACUGCUCAAUAUACAGGAGGAGAUUGGAGACAAGUUGUUGAUCUGUCUGAAGUGGGAAUCGGCACUCCAUUCCCUCAUUUGGCACAUGUUGCCGUGGGAUUCGAGGGCUGUGGAUAUCAUGAUGAGGAUUUCAUCGCGUUCUGUGUGAUGCAAGCAUUGCUUGGUGGAGGAGGAUCUUUCUCGGCUGGUGGCCCGGGAAAGGGAAUGUUUACGAGGCUGUAUGAUGGCGUGCUCAAUAGAUGCCAUUGGCUGUAUAGAUGCACAGCCUUCAACCACUCCUACGCGGACACUGGUCUCUUCUGUAUCCAAGGAAGUGCCCCUCCAGAACGUAUCAACGAUGCAUUGACAGUGAUCCUCGAUCAAUUCCUCCACCUCCCCAAGGGAUUCGACGCCGAGGAGCUGGACCGUGCGAAGGUGCAGCUCAAAUCUCAGAUCAUGAUGAAUCUCGAGAUUCGUCCAGUGAUCUUUGAGGAUAUGGCUCGACAAGUGAUGGCUCAGGGAAAGAGGAGGAAACCUCAGGAAACGAUGGCCAUGAUUGACAAAGUGACGGCCGAGGAUUUGAUUCGUGUUUCGAGGAGGAUGUUGGCUUCUAAGCCCUCUCUCGCAUCAUACGGCCAGAUUGAGAAUGUCGCCAAAUUCGAGCAGGUCGAGGAAGCCGUCGCUCAACAAGAUCUCCGAUUACUUUUUACGAAGAAGAAAAUGUUUGGAUUG